UAAAAAUAAUAAUCAAAAGCUUCAAACUUUCAAAAAAGAAAAAAAAAAAAGUUCAAAUUUUUUUACCAAAAAAAAUGCCAAAAACAAAGUUCAAACCUGUACUUCAUCUCUUCUUCUUCUUCAUCUGGCUUCCAAUACCCUGUUUUUCUAGGCCUGUUAUAACUUACCCUCCACAAACCAGUUUACUCUUCUCCACCGACGCCGUUUCGAUCCUCUCUUUCAAGUCCAAAGCUGACCUCGACAACAAGUUGCUUUACGCUCUCAAUGAGCGCUUCGAUUAUUGUCAAUGGCGUGGCGUUAAAUGUGCCCAAGGCCGUGUUGUCCGUUACAUCCUCCAAAACGCCGCCCUACGUGGUGUUUUUCCCGCCAACUCACUCUCAAAGCUUGACCAGCUUCGGGUCCUUAGCUUACGAAACAACUCACUUUCAGGUCCUAUCCCUGACUUGUCCUCUCUUUACAACCUUAAAUCCUUGUUUUUAGGUCGUAAUAAUUUUUCCGGUACUUUCCCACCGUCGAUCUUGUCACUUCAUAGGAUAACUUCUCUUGAUCUUUCUUAUAAUGAGUUAGCCGGUCCGAUUCCGGCUAAUUUAACUGCUUUGGAACGGUUGAAUGUCCUUCGGCUUGAAUGGAACCGAUUUGACGGACCAGUCCCGGCGUUGAACCAAUCUUUUCUACUCAUUUUCAAUGUUUCCGGCAACAAUCUGACCGGUAAAAUACCAGUGACGCCUACUUUAUCGAAGUUCAAUACGACGGCGUUUUCAUUGAACCCUGAUUUAUGUGGGGAGAUUAUCAAUAAAGCUUGUGCUUCUCGUGCUCCUUUUUUCGGUUCUCCUUCAGCAUCCGGUCCGUUAGGUCAAAGUGCGGAGGCCCAAAGCGGCGGCGGCGGUGGGGUUAUGGUUCUUUCACCGCCUUCUUCGCCGAAGAAGAGUCACCGGAGAACUGGGGUGGUCCUUGGGUUUACCAUCGGCAUUGCUUUAAUCUUAUUUUCAGUAUUGUUAGCUUUAGCUGUGGUUAAAAAACAAAGAGUGGACUCGAAAGGGACAAAGCCGACAACGAUAGCUUCACCGGAAGUAACAAACUCAAAUGCCGGAAACUCGAGAACCCAUAUCGGAGAACCACCGGAGAGGAAGACAAUGAUGCCGGAAAUUCAAAGGCUGAAAAAGAGUGGGAAUUUAGUGUUCGUCGGUGGUGAAGUUGAAGGUUAUAGUUUAGAACAGUUAAUGAGAGCUUCAGCCGAGUUAUUAGGGAGAGGUACAAUGGCAACUACGUAUAAGGCAGUGGUUGAUCGGCAAUUGAUUUUGACGGUGAAGAGAUUGGACGCUGGCAGAACAGCGGUGACCGGCGGUGAAGCUUUUGAACAACAUAUGGAGGCUGUUGGUGGGUUGGUACAUCCCAAUUUAGUGCCCCUUAGAGCUUAUUUUCAAGCCAAAGGUGAAAGACUUGUGAUCUAUGAUUAUCAACCCAAUGGAAGUGUUUUCAAUCUUGUUCAUGGUUCAAGAUCCACAAGGGCAAAGCCACUUCAUUGGACAUCAUGUUUAAAGAUAGCUGAAGAUGUAGCACAAGGCCUUGCUUACAUCCACCAAGCAUCAAGGCUCGUCCACGGCAACUUGAAAUCCACCAACGUGCUCCUCGGGACCGAUUUUGAAGCCUGCCUUACCGACUAUUGCCUCGCUGUCCUCGCAGACUCUUCUUCAACCGAAGAUCCCGAUUCUUUAGCCUAUAAAGCUCCCGAGAUUCGAAAAUCCAACCGCAAGCUCACUCCCAAAUCCGACGUUUACGCUUUCGGCGUCUUCUUACUCGAGCUAUUGACAGGUAAACAUCCCUCGCAACAUCCAGUGCUCGUGCCCCAUGACUUGUUGGAAUGGGUUAGAACGAUACGAGAAGAUGAUGUAGGGGAAUAUCGUCGGCUUGGGAUGUUGACUGAAGUUGCUAGUGUUUGUAGCUUAACGUCGCCAGAGCAGAGGCCAGCGAUGUGGCAAGCGUUGAAGAUGAUACAAGAGAUAAAAGAGAGUGCAAUGAUGGAGGAUAGGGCAUCUUAUGGACAUUCAUAGCAAAUGCAUAAAAAAUUAUGCAUGUUUCAAAGAAGGGAAGCAAAUUGGAUUUUAUUGUGUGGUUGGUAUUCAAGGUUUUUGUAUAUGACGAUCCAAUGUUAUCUAUUAUUAUACGUGAGGUAAGAUUAUACCAUGUCUACGAAAGGCUUUAUUAGCAA